AUGAAGAGUACAAUAGAAAGAGCUACCUGUGGACAUUGUUUGGUUAGAAAACACAAGUGGGAGUACGCUAGUGAGGAUGGAGAGGACUAUGAGUGGGAGUAUUCUGAUGAGGAAGGAGUAGAGAAUAAGGAGAAGGAGAAGAAUGAUGAGAAGAAGGAGGAGGAUGAGAAAGAGAAGAAGGAGAAGGAGGAGGACGAAGAAGAAGAAGAAGAAGAAGAAGAAGAGGAUGAACUAGAACUAGAAGAUAUAGAUCUCCCUGAUCCAUUCAGUAGUGAACCUAUUCCAACUAUCAAACCAGACAAAAAAAUCAACGGAACUACUGACUCUAACGGGGUAGGAGAGGAAGAGGAAAAGAAGAAGAAACAUCGUAAGAAGUCUAAACAUCAUGAUAAAUUCGAGAAGUUUCGCAAACUUGAGGAGAAAGGAUCAAAGGGAGAAGAAUUCCGUUCUAAGAAGAUCCAUGUACGGAGCAAAGAUCCCAGCAAGAUUGCAAGACAGUUUGAGAAUGGAUCAAAGGAGAAAGAAAAAGGUCCUAGGAAGAGUUAUAUAUCAGGAAGAGAGGCCCCUAAACCCAAACCUGUGGAGAUUAUUAAACUCUGCAAGAUCUGUGGCAAGGAACCCUAUCUUGUGGAGAGAAUAGUUGCAGAGAAAUCAUGGUGGCAUAAAAACUGUUUUAGGUGUACGGACUGUAAGAAAACCUUGAAUCUUGACACAUAUUCUUCUCAUCAAGGAGUAAUCUACUGUAAACCCCACCACAGGGAGUUGUUUCAACCUAAACCGGUUCUCAUGGAUCUAACGGAGGAAAUAAUGAAGAAAAAUCUAGACUUUUCUAUGGAGGAUCCGAUAGAACGCCAUCGGAACCAGGAAAGGAAGAUGGAGACGAUAGUUCGAGAGAACAAACCGGUUUCACUUGAAGGAGUUGUUAAAUCAAGGGUUGAUGACAGCAAGUGGGAAGGCUUAGAUAAACUUGAUGUUGGAUCAAAGUUUCUUAUGUUUGAGAAAGGGAUGAGUGAGGAGAGAGAACAUAAAGUUGCAUCUGACAGAUAUGGAAUCAUGGAGAAGUUGAAGAGGCUGGAGGCUGGUGAGGCUGUAGAGGAUCUGCUGGCGGAGAUUGACGAGGAGAUGCCGAGUAUGUCGGAGGACGAGGAGGACGACGACGAGGAUACAGGACUAACUCAGGUUCAGAAGAAGGCUCAGAAUGCAGAGAAGAUGUUUGUUGAAGAUUCACGGAAGGAGAAGCUUCAGCAGCAGAGGAAGAAAGAACUCAAGAAUUUACGAGAUCGAUUAAUGGCAGGAACCAGAGACUCUAUCCUGGAUUCAUUCGAUGAAAUCAGUCAUAAGAAAAUCAAGAAAACCCAGAUUGAUGUGAGGAGUGAAAAUGCUAAGAAGUUCAUGUCAAUGUUCAACAAGGGGGAGAUACCCGAGGGUAUAAGUGCUACAGACAGGUAUCAAGUGUCGAAUAUGGUUGGACGGCUGGACUACGUUCUAUUAACAAACGAAAGUUAUUUAAAAUAAACGGAAAAUUCCGGG